AUGCCAUCAUUAUCUUCACAAUGUGAUGAAACUACCAGAUUGUACAUCGGGAAAAAAACAUUGACAUUGCCUCCAUCAAUCGAAGCGAUACGACCGAACACCACCCCAAUCCUCGUCGGGUAUGAAUUUUUUCAACAAAGCAAAAAAUUAGAAAUAGAAUUAUCUUCGUCUACCCCUGCGACCGCACUGCCAUUUUUCUACACUAGUUUCCAGUGCCAAUGUUGAUUUCCACAAUGCAUCGUAUUCUCAGCUGCAGUUGCAGUUGAAAUGGAAUGUCCCCCGUCCACAGCAUCAAGCGCAACCCCGUCCUGCCUUUAAGUGAGGCACAUAAUAAAAGAUUGAUUUUAUGCAUUGUCGAUGAGACGCGGCGGGCACGGCGUACAAUGACAGAAAAGACAAAAGAACGCAUAUCUUCGGGAACAGGCUUGUCGUGAGGAACAUCUAUGUGACCGAUGUCGAUUGAAUUGUUUUCACAACGCAGCAGCUGCUGCUGCUGUUGGCCCCAGGGAAGAAGAAGAAGAAGAACUCAACACAUUGAAAAGUACUAUGUUCUUCUUGGUAGUUGGGGAAGCGAAUGUUUUUUUUUCGCAACGCCCCUCAGGAUUCUUGUUCGUGUCAGCACGAAGAAGCGGAACGUUGUAUGGUCGAUGCUUGGGUAGUGAUACCGCUACAAGAAAAAGAAAUACGCUCGGAGUCGGCUCGGCGCAAGCAUGCACGAUGAUUUCGUCGACAUCGAAUGGCCAAAAAAUAAUGAAUUCAUUGGCAUGAGUGGCCUGCUACGAUGUGCCGCUCGGUGCUGCAAGCUGCUGUUGGCCGCAUGCCGUCCGAGAAGAGCAGUAGAGGGCAAGAAGGACGGUUUGAGCGAACAAGGUGUGGAUCGUUGAAGGCACGCGCAUUUCUCUUAAAUCUAAAGCAUCUGCGCGAGAGAGGAACAUCAACGAACGUUUUUGGAGUUGCGACUCAGGUGUGCGUGUGGUCGCUACCGGAGAUGUAGUAUUUUGAAAAGACGGUGAUCUUCAUGUCACGAGCACGACGUAGUGCUACGGUAUCCAUUCCAUGAUGCAGAACGAGCUCUAUUCACAUCUUCUACAUUUAUUUUUCGUGCAACCAUAAAAAGCUUGAGCUGAAGACAGGUACGGCACGAUGUUGGGCCGCUACUGCGUAGCGGGCAGUUCCCAGUUUCUACGGCGGGCCAGCACUGCCACGGGUCCACUCGUAACGAGUUGCACAGCACCUUCAGCGGCGUCCUGUUUUCAGGUAAAUACUACGAGCUACUUGAAAAUUUUGUAAAUCAAGUUUGAAGACAAAGACAUGAAAAUAGCUGGGCUGUGUGGCAACUACUUCUUCAAAAAUGAUGAACGGUCUGAUGCUAUACCAAUUUUGAAAACACCAGUUGAACACCAAAACGAGCCCCCUGCUGCGAUCUCUGAGCAGCCUUUUCUCCAGGCAGCAGAUUGUGAACUUUCACCACGGAAGCUGUCCCCCUCGUGCUGCUGCAGAUGGAACGACCAGACAAUCGCAGCGCGUUCCGUGCGACAAGAAAAGUAGUGCUUCGCAGCUUUUGCCGAGUAACAUUCAGGAUCUGGCCGACGAGGCGAAACGGCUAUCGGAGGAGGACCCGGCUCGUGCCAGCUUCGUGGUGACCGACAUGGCCCGUGACUCGGUUCAGGGUGCGUGUGUGCGUAUGAACGGUGUGAUGCUAAUCCUGUUCUUGAUGCUGAGUGAAGGCCUGCUCCUGCUGUUCUUCUUCAACUGCUGGUGGUGGCAGUGCUGCUCCAAUUCCUGGCUGCGAGGCGGUAUCAUCUAAGUGGAGGAUGAUGAGUCGAGGUUGUACUACGAUCAUUUAUACCAGUGGGAACAACUACAACAACAUCACGAAAUAAACCAGCGUAAGCACGAACCCCGCCGAUCACGACGACCGCGAUUGCUCGUUGUUGUAUUAAAAGCAAGAAAGAGGAAUCGAAAUGGCAGGCUGGUAAGCAAGUUGAUCUGCAUUGUAGAUGAAAAAAACACGCGCAGUCCUCUCAUGACUCGUGGAAGAUUCAAGGCGCCCGCAGAAGUUCGAAACUACUUUUCGUGUCGUCGUACACAAUGCGGUGCCUGUAGAAACACUUAUUGCAGGAAAAAAGACAGUAAAGUAAGAUUGUGCUCGAUCGCUCCUUCAUCUGGUAUCACUUCGACUUCUCGAUGGUUUAUUCGACCGCACAGAGUAAUAAAGUUAUUAAUAACAUGUAGUUGCGAUCGCGACCGGCACUGUUCACAUUCAGCCGAAUAAAAGGCACACGGUGCCGAAUUUCGGAACUUGUUGGUGCUGUGUCUCCUUGGCGAGAGAUCACUAAUCUGAUUCAACGGCAAAUGGAUUGCGUUCUGAAAACACGAACGCCGGAUCCCUUCUGCUUUGUUGAACGAAAAAGGUCGACGGCGGUGGCUAGUAUGGUUAACGGAAGAGGUGGAAAGCGAUCGGAAAGCGAAAGAACACGCGACAGAACUCACUGUAUUAGUAACAAUAACUUUUAUUGACGUCAGGCGACGGCGGACGUCGAUUGGUACGUAUCAAAGCUCAAGGGCAGAUCUACCAUAGGGCUAAAAAUAUGGUGCCUUGCUUUCGCG